ACCAUUCAGAGUGUCCACCAUUCAAAGUGUCCAUGCAUGUCUAUCUGUCUUUGUCCACAUUGAUAUAAGUGAGUUUGCCCUAGACGUCCUUGGCUGCUCUUGUCCUCCAUCCAAACCCCAUCACCAAGACUCUCCUCCGCACUCCAUCCGAUUCACUUGUCAUCCGUCAGCAAGGCGCCGACUACUUGUCGAAAGAACCAACAGACCAAACAAAAACUCGCCCACCAUGGCAGACCCCGACCGCCAGUUGCGCCGAUUGCGCAUGCUCUGCAUCGUCACCUUCCUUCCCGCCUUCCCCCUCUGCCUCGCCCACGGCAUCGCCUCGGAGGGCAUCGCACCGGCCAUCGGCAUCCUGCCCAUGGCCUUCUCGGCCGCCUUGUCCUGCUUCCUCCUCUGGCGCAUGAGGAAGGACCGGGCUGCGGCCGCAAAGGCCUUCAACCACCACGCCCACCACCGCGGCAUUGACGCCGAGGACGCCAGCGACGAGGAGGACGGUGGCCUGGUGCUCGUCGCCAAGAGCGCCCCUGCACUGUCUUUCUUUGUCUUCCUUGCCGACCUCAUCCUCGCCCUGUCAAUCCUGACCGCCUUGGUCUUUACCUGGGUCGACGUCAGCAUCAACCGCAACCAGUGGAGGAGCUACUGGCCCAAAACACAACAUGGGGACAUGGCCAUGCUCGCCGCUUACGGCACGAUUCCCCUGAUGGUCAACUUGUGAGUCCAAGUCCGCUGCUCUCUCCCCCCCCACGGCACUUCCUAAUUCAC